AUGAUUUAUAUCCCAUCCAUCGCUGCUGCUUACAACAACGAGAUGAACGCAGGCGGCUGGAAGACCCUUGCUUGGGACUUUCUAUCAGAAAUAGCCCUUAUCAAUAGCUUCCUUUACGGCAACGAGGGCAGCCACAGUGGAAGCCGGAGGUAUCAUAAGGCAGUUGGCGGCAACGCCUUGUUAAUGGCCUCGUUGCAGCGUACGCAGCAGAAACCAAGCUUGAUCACCGAUAUUACAUUGAAAAUAAAGGUAGCAAUUGCUGGAGCAGCUGGAGAAACCGACACGAUUAUUGUGAAUGGUCUUCUGGCGUCAAACUCGACGAAAUUUGAAGUGACAGCUCUUACUCGGCCGUCUUCGCUGCAGAAGCCAGAGGUUCUUGAGCUCAAGCGGAAAGGCGUUCAUGUGGUUUCUGCCGAUUUUGAUGGCCCCGAUGAUCAGCUUGCAAAGCUCCUGACGGGAAUCGACGUGCUGAUCGCGACUAUUAACGCGACUGGAAAUGAGCCAGAUACAGCUCGCAAAUGCUGCCAAAGCUGCAGGCGUUAA